UAAGUCAGUCGUUUGUCGGAAGUCAAUCAAAAAGCGUGUCUCGGAGAACUGUCCCAAAAGAUCACCACCCUCCGUCCCUCCAAUAAGGUUACAGAGGCCGUGAAGCUGUCGAGGCUCUCGUUGCCAUUUCAAUUUAUAAACAAAAGUGUGGCACAGUAAACAAUUAAAUUAUAAUUCGCUCGUGUGCCUCUUGUGGAAGACACCAAAAUCAAAAACAGCAAACUGCAAAAGACUAGAAAGGAGGUGCGCCAUCAUCCAAGUGAGUGUUUUUGCGAGCAGCAGGAGAUGCCAGAAUAUAUAUCUCCAGCGGUCCAUGGGUCAAUAUCAUAAUCUGAGACACCAACCGGAGCAGCAAACAAGUCGCCAGAGGCAGCAAGGAGCAGUCGACGGUCCCAUAAAUCAAAGCGACGCAAUUUGCUGCUGACGAACUGCAAAGGAAAAAAGCAAAAAACAAGAGCGGGGAGAGAAGCAACAACUAUGCCAUUACUGCUGGCCACAACACUCGGCAACAAUUCCCAUCACCAACACUUGAGCUCCACAGCAUCAACUGCAGCAGCAGCAGCAACGAUGUUGCUGGCGUCGCCAUCAGCAACAGCAGCCACUCACUGCCUUGCCACUGCAUCACUAAUACAACCAGCAUCUGCAGCAGCAACAACAGCAGGUGUUAAUGUUCAAAUUACCGGCAGAGGCGUUGCAACAACUCUAGUCAACGAUCAACUACAACUCCCAGCCACAGCACCAGCAGCGGCCAAAUCAGCGGCUAAUUAUGCCGCUAACGUUGGCCAUUUGAAUGGCUUCUCUCCUAAAGACAUCUGCCCACCAGUUCCACCCACCAAGGAGGACUUUGAGGGACUCUUGCGGCCGCCGCAGAUUCAAGUCAAGCAGGAAUUCAUGGAGUCGCCACCGGAGAGAGCCACCAUCUGCAAUUCCAUAAGCCACCAGGAGGCAGCAGCCACAUCAGCACAGGCUACAAGCUGUCGUGGAAAAACAGUAUUAAGCCCCUGGUAUCUAAGGCCAGGCAAGGGCCUCGGAUAUCAUAAUUACAAUGGCAGCAACAAUGGCAGCGGGGAGCUGGCGAAAGAUGUUGCCCCGCAGAUGACUUCCGCAUGUCUCUACCCGAUGGAGGAUGCCCAGACAUGUCUGCCGGCCUCGUAUUUUGGCAUGGAAACGCUGGCAUCCAUCAAACACCAACAACUCCAGCAACAACUACAGCAACGCCAUCAGAACCAGCACCAGCAACAGCAGCAGCACCAGCCAACGAGACAGAAAUCCCUGCCAGACUUUCUAAUACCUCUGCACGAAAUUAUGUUCCAACAGCAACAGCAACAACACCAUUACCAGCAAAGGACAAUGGGCACAUUAAUUAAUAGUCUGCCACCCGGCUUGGUAGGGUUCGUUCCGCAGAAAACAGAGACAUUCAAGUCGUUAACCCCACCGAAGCCACAGCCGCACCACCACAACGGUGAGCACUUGUUCGUCCGGCACUUUCACGAACGGGAUCGUCUCAUUCGGGAACACCAGCUGAAGCAGCAGCAGUUGCGUGACGAGGAGGAAGUUCUCCAGAAGCAGGAAUCGGUGGAGGAGCAGGAGCAGGAGAAGCCCCAAGAAGCGCUCUCUAAGUUGGAACAUAACCAUCAUUGGCAUGGGGUCGUUUGGGAUGGCAAUGGCCAAGCAAAGAAACUGCAAGAAGUGGCUCCCACAUCCUUGCCACCCACCAGGCCGGCGCUGCCGUCGAGCUAUAGCCUGACAUCCUGUCCGACGAGUGUGGAGCCGCCGAAGGACCUCAGCAUUUACGAGCAGUCGCCAAAUGGUCGACUGUGUCUUCCCCCCAGCAAAGUUAUGCGACACAUGUCCAACUCCCCCACACCACCCUCGCCGCUGCGCUCUCUGUCAGACUGCGGCAAGAGUUUCGAGGAGGAGGAACUCGACUUGGCCGACAACUGCGACAUGCCACAGAAUCUAAGCAGCAAGCGCCAGGCCCGAGAGCUCGAUCCGGAGCUGGAGAACGAGGUACUUGACUUGGCUCCACCGCCCAAGCGAUUAGCGGAAGCCAAGCCGGAGAUGAAAAUAGAAGAGGAACCAGACACUAUACCCACUCCAGCACUGCCCAUGGGCUUCGCUCCGGAGGACAUGCACCAGGCGUUGCAGCUGCAGUUGCACAGCUACAUUGAGAUGGUACGCCAGUUGGCACCAGAGGCUUUUCCCAAUCCGAACCUGGCCACCCAGUUCCUAUUGCAGAACUCGCUGCAGGCCUUGGCCCAGUUUCAGGCUCUCCAGCAGAUGAAGCAGCAGCAACGAGAGGAGCCCCAGUUGUCCGCUUAUUCCACCCCCGUGGCCAAGUCUCCGCUGAGAAGUCCGUCCUUAAGCCCCGUUCCACGGCUUAGCAAGUCCCAGCAGCAGCGAACGCCUCCGAACUCCAUGAGUGCCAACAGCCUGGGCCUAAGUAGCGCCGUCAUGACCCCCAACACUCCCAGCAUGCAGCAGCUGCCGCAACAGCAACAGCAGAGCACCCCCAAGCCCCAGGCAGGACUCACUGUGGCCUCCGCCAUGGCCAAGCUGGAGCAGUCGCCGGAGGAGACCACGGACCUGGAAGAACUGGAGCAGUUUGCCAAGACCUUCAAGCAGCGGCGGAUCAAGCUGGGCUUCACACAGGGCGACGUAGGUCUGGCCAUGGGAAAGCUGUAUGGCAACGACUUCUCGCAAACCACAAUCUCCCGCUUCGAGGCUCUGAAUCUGAGCUUCAAGAACAUGUGCAAGUUGAAGCCACUGCUCCAAAAGUGGCUGGAGGAUGCGGACACCACGGUGGCCAAGUCCGGGGGAGGAGUCUUUAACAUUAAUACCAUGACUAGCAGCUUGAGCAGUACCCCGGAAAGCAUACUGGGGCGUAGACGCAAGAAGCGCACCUCCAUCGAGACUACAGUGCGGACCACCUUGGAGAAGGCCUUCCUCAUGAACUGCAAGCCCACGUCGGAGGAGAUAAACCAGCUCUCGGAGCGCCUCAACAUGGACAAGGAAGUGGUGAGGGUGUGGUUUUGCAAUCGCCGGCAAAAGGAGAAGCGGAUCAACCCCUCCCUGGAUCUGGACAGUCCCACGGGCACACCUUUGAGCAGCCACGGCUUUGGUUAUCCGCCCCAGGCUCUGAACAUGUCCCACAUGGAGGCAGGUUCCGGUUCUCUCUGCGGCAGCUCCAUCAGCUCCGGAGAGUAAGGGGCGUCCGGCCUCAUUAGAUGGGAAAGACAAUGGCCCAAUUCUGUACAUAGCUUGUUCUCCAAACUCUUCCACAACAUUCCACACGUCUCUCCAUAUCAAUGCAACACAACGUCAUGGAUGUAUUUAUGGAUCCUAGGUGAUAGUCAGUCGUAUCAGAAAAAACCCCAUUACGAAUUUAUGAGUACAUAUAGCUCUGCAUACCCAUUCGUAUCUGUAUGCCAGUAGAGUUCCUAGUUCUAACUAGACAUUUAUGUCCCCAAUGCCAUAUGUGUAUGUAUGUAUCUGUUGUGCCCACUAUAUCCUCUGAGCCACAAAUUAUUCUACUAUAUGUAUCUAACAUGUAUUGUCCUAGAUGUGUAUGUGAACCGAUGUUGUUAUACGAUGUCCAAAUGUAAAUUGAUCUUAAACACACUUAGAUCUAAGCAUCCAAAAAUUUCAAUAAAAUUUAA